CAGUCUCGAGGCCAUGCCCGCGGCCUCGGGCAGAUCGCACCCUGCGAGCACGACCACGGCUGCAAUAACGGCCACAGCAACGGCACCUUCGAUGGCGUUGGAUGCAAGUCUGCUCCAGCCGCGGCGCCCGAGCGUCUUUGAAUCGCUCCUCGCCUAUCUGCGGAUGUCUCGGUCGUGCUGCCAGUCGCACCCUCUGCUGUUCCUGCCGAGACGGCUGCUCUGCAUUGCAAGAGUCCCAUCGACUGGGGUGCAACGGUUGGCAUGUUUGUCGACCCAGCGUCGUGGGCACUCCAGCGCUACCUCGGACUCAAUAGCUCGAGCAGCUCAUUCGAACAGUCUCACAAGCGCAUCAAAUCUGUCGUACCAUUCAACACUCACAGCACACCGUGUGCGAUCGAUACGCUCGGCAUACUCAUCGCACCCAACCCUGCCGGCGUAUCCGGCAUACUCGACCGAUUCAGAUUCGCCAGCGCCCCGCACGUCUGCAGAAUCGAGCCGCCGAGCUGUUGGGCAACUCGCCGCGAUGCGCCAGCCCGAGCAGAUUCUUGUCUGCCCAUCCCGACCGCCAUCUCGUCGACGGAAUCGUCUUAUCAGCAACCGAUCGCCACGACUUCCACAGACCCGUCUCCGCUUCCCGGAACGCCCAGGCACUAACCCUGAGCCUGCUACCGACAGCCAAGCCGAUACGAAUCCGCUAGACCGUCACGCCGCCUCUCCUUGGCACCAUCGAUCCCCUGAAUUGGACUCUCUUCUGCGCGAGCGCAUCGAGGCAGACCCAGCUGCAUUCUCCAACCAGUUCAAGGAACUCGUUGCCGCAGGUGACUACCAGAACGCAUCAGCAGUCUUUGCGCAUUUCAUCUCGCAAAUGACUCGCACCAACCCGGGCGAUGCUCUGGAAAAAUUAGAGUGCGAAGCAGCGACCUUUUCGUCCCUCGAAGACACGCUCAAUGGCAAGGCUGAGAACACAUCCAUCGAGCUCCUCCUCACGAUCAUGGAACAUGCUUGCGCCUUGAAGCUCGCUCUGGACGCCCAGCUCGCACGCCGGGCAGUGGAGUUUACCUGUCGUGCUCAAGCUCUCACUGUUGUUCAGCUCAAUGGACUCUUGGGCAGGCUAUUUGCCCUCUUUGUGCAAGCUGAAGUCCAUAUCGACCGAGAAACGGGGCUGCAGACGCUUACAACCCUGCUCCGUCGCGGAUGGCCCACGGUGGUGACAGCCCUCGAUUGCCAUCUGGGCAGUCGCCGGGGAUACUUUGACUUGCAGGACCGACACGAACUUGUCAGCGACAUGGCACGACACUCCAAUCUCGGCACAGCAGUUGGCUUUUUCGAGUUGCUCGCCCGGGAUGACCGGUACCGCUGCAUCUAUGACCAUCCACAGAUGCAAAAAACACUGAUCAGCAUCUUUCGACGCCUGGUGGCCGCUUCGGAAGCAGGGCUGCUGCGCCGGAUGUACGCACUGGCACGAUCAGCCAGCCCAAGUCCGCCUGCUGCUCGGGUCCAUGUCUUCCUCGUCACGGAGAUUUACAAACGGCAUAUGGAUCCUACCUUUGUGCUGGCUGACCUCAAGACCAUCGCCGACAGCGAUGGCGUGAUCAACGACAGUGCCAUCCUUACCCGUCUCCUGCGCAUCGAUCCGGCGCUUGCCCUCCAGUUCUUCAAAGACAUGCGGUCGAGCGGCAUUCUGCCGUCGAGCGAAUCGUACACGGCGCUGAUUGUGCACUACACCAGCAACCUCCACCUUGACGAGGAAAUCGCAAUUCGUCUGUUUGAAGACCUCACCGCGACUGUACACACGCUGUCGGUGCAGGUGUACUUUCGGAUGUUCAAGCUCAUGGUGGUGCUCAGCAAGAGCGAGGCCGGCACGCACCUUGUGCAGCAGCUGCAGCAAGUCAAGCCCCAGCUGUCCGCCAAGACGUUUGGACUCUUGCUCUCCCUGCACGGCAAGGACCAGAACGUCGAGAUGAUCAACUCGCUGAUAUCAGCGUCCAAGGCACUCCCUGGCAAGCACAGCAGGUCGCUCAACCUGUACUUUGAGAUCAUCCUGGCGCUGGUGCGCUGCAACAUGAUGGAGAGUGCCGAGAAGCAGCUCAACGAAAUCGUUGCUCUUGUCGAGUCGGGCGAGGGCAUAUGGUCGGGCUCGUACCACUACGAUGCGACCGAGCGGCGGUGGACCUAUGUCCCCGUCAAGCACGGACGCAUGAUCACGGCGAUCUCGGAUCUGCCGCCCGACCACUUCAACAUCAUCAUCCAGGGCUACCUGCAGACGGACCGGCUGGCAGAGGCGCAUCGGCUGUUUAUGGGGUUCCGAGAGAUGGGAAUCUCCCCCAACUCGUACACGCUCACCUUCUUUGGCGAGUACUUUGCGCAGAAGGGACAAAUCAUCAACCUCAAGCUCAUCUUUGAGGAGCUCGACUCGCUCAAGAUCCGGCCGACCAACCAGUUCUACUGCUCGAUUCUCUCGCACCUUCUCUCUCUGGAGAACGCCCAGGAAUACGAUCAGUACGUCGACUGGAUCCUGGACCAUAUGAAUCGCGCGGGAAUCGAGCCCAACCACUUUACCUGGAACGUCAUCCUGCGGAUGUAUAGCCGACGGGAGCCUCACCGAGCGUACGAACUGUGGGGGCAGCUUGCAACGCGAGAAGCGGCUCUCCAACCCCGCAACAGCAGCAGCGAUCGUGAUCUCGCCACCCGCUCGAUACGGGCACCUGCGUCAGCAAGUCCUAUUCUGGAAGGCAAGCGGCGCUGGGGCAGCAAUCUUGCUCCGGACCCUCACAGCGAGCCUGCAGAGACCUCCGAGGCGCUCGAAAAGGGCAUCGAGCACCGCCGCAACCGCCGAAAGGAAAUCAUGGAAGGCCAGAUCCAGUCGGCGUUCAAGGAAUGGGGGCGGCCACGCAGAGCCAUUGUUUCAAACACCCGGACGACUCAGCUCAUGGGCGACCUGUGCUUCCGCCAGGCACAUCGGGCGCAGGAACUCGGCGAUACAAGGCUCUGCGAGCUGUGGAUUGCACGCGCCAAGCGGAUCCUGGAGCACUCGCUUGGACACGGUCUGGCGCUGACGCCUUCGGUGCUCCAGUUCUAUGUUCGAAGACUCUGCAACCUGAACGAGCCCGAGGUGGCGCUGACGACGCUGAGCCAGGUGCUGGACCGCUUGAUUCGGCUUGAAGAAGGGCGGGCUGGCGUCCACGAUCUCAGCAAGAUCCCCACUGUGCAGACAUACGAGCAGUCGAUGUUGUGGGACAAGAUUCGCCACGACCAAACCUGCCAGACAACGGCUGUAGCGACCCUAUCGAGCAACACUCUGGCGACGACGACCACGACGACGACAACAACAAUGGUAGAUGCAGAGCUCAUGGUGGAUCUGGUCGAGAAACUCGCGGAGCAGACUCGGGCCCAGGAGCACCGGCCCACCAAGUCCCAGAUCCGAUCGGCCACAGACCCGGCGGCAAGGCUGGUGGCGGAUACGCCGAGUACAUCAGACUCGCCGAAACGAAAUCUGGGGGGUGCUGGUGCUGCUGGGUCGACCACUGGCAAACGAGCGGCUCUGGCGGGACUAUACGGCCGGCUGAAGCGAUUGCAUGGGCUGGGCACUGGGAUUGUCAGCGAAGAAGCGUUGCUGGUGGUCGAGAGCGCCAUCCAAUGGCGCCGUGCGGAUGAUAAGACAUAGCGAGCGAUGUUGCUUAGGAUUGCGUUGCCGAUGAUACAACUUUUCCGAAACGAAACGAGACACGGUUUUGAGUGUCGCAUGCCGCUUUCUCGGGUCCUGAAUACACGCCCAUCCAUCGCCAGAG